UAGAUGGAAUGAAUCUUCCUUGUUGAAUGCAUACAGUCUACUUGCUGGAGCUGGCUUGUGGAAACGCUUUGUCCUUUGGGUUGAAGCCACUUCGUGGCAGGUUGAAUUGUGGAUCCGUGAAUCCCAAGGCUGCUUGUCAAGAAGAAGACAGCUGAAUCACGUUAACCUGACAUCACAGCCAUAAUGGUGCUGUCCCAGAGGCAACGAGAUGAACUAAAUCGAGCGAUAGCAGAUUACCUUCGUUCUAAUGGCUAUGAAGAGGCAUACUCUGUUUUUAAAAAGGAAGCGGAACUUGAUGUGAAUGAAGAGUUAGAUAAGAAGUACGCUGGGCUCUUGGAAAAAAAAUGGACAUCAGUUAUAAGAUUACAAAAGAAGGUUAUGGAAUUAGAAUCCAAACUAAAUGAAGCUAAGGAAGAAUUCACAUCAGGUGGGCCACUUGGGCAGAAACGAGACCCUAAAGAAUGGAUCCCUCGUCCUCCAGAAAAGUAUGCAUUGAGUGGACAUAGGAGUCCUGUCACAAGAGUAAUUUUCCACCCAGUUUUCAGUGUUAUGGUCUCUGCUUCAGAGGAUGCGACAAUAAAGGUCUGGGAUUAUGAGACGGGUGAUUUCGAACGAACCCUGAAGGGCCAUACAGACUCUGUGCAGGAUAUUUCUUUCGACCACAGUGGCAAGUUAUUGGCAUCUUGCUCUGCAGAUAUGACUAUUAAGCUAUGGGAUUUCCAGGGAUUCGAGUGUAUCAGAACCAUGCAUGGUCAUGAUCAUAACGUUUCAUCGGUAGCCAUCAUGCCCAAUGGGGAUCAUAUAGUGUCUGCCUCGAGGGAUAAAACCAUCAAAAUGUGGGAGGUUCAAACAGGUUAUUGUGUGAAGACUUUCACAGGGCAUAGAGAAUGGGUCCGUAUGGUGCGACCUAACCAGGAUGGCACAUUGAUUGCAAGUUGUUCUAAUGAUCAGACGGUGCGUGUUUGGGUGGUAGCAACAAAGGAAUGCAAAGCUGAACUCAGAGAACAUGAGCAUGUGGUAGAAUGCAUUUCUUGGGCUCCUGAGAGCUCUUAUUCCACCAUAUCAGAAGCUACAGGAUCUGAGACUAAGAAGAGUGGUAAGCCCGGGCCUUUCCUACUCUCUGGAUCUAGAGACAAGACCAUUAAGAUGUGGGACAUUAGCACUGGCAUGUGCCUUAUGACACUUGUGGGCCAUGAUAACUGGGUUCGUGGUGUCCUGUUCCAUUCUGGGGGGAAAUUUAUUUUGAGCUGUGCUGAUGACAAGACCUUGCGUGUCUGGGACUACAAGAACAAAAGAUGCAUGAAAACUCUCAAUGCGCACGAACACUUUGUUACCUCGUUGGAUUUCCACAAGACAGCACCCUAUGUGGUCACUGGCAGCGUAGAUCAAACAGUGAAAGUGUGGGAGUGCCGUUGAUUUGAAUUCACACCUGACCCCACCCUUUCCUUCCUUCCCCUUCUGGAUGCACUCGGAUACCAUGGUUACCCAUUGAAGCUCGGUUUAAAAUAAAUAUUGUCCUUUCAUGUAAAUUAUUCUGGAUGUAGAUUGAGCUUAUUAAAUGUUACACACAAAGUAUUCAUGCAUGGUGAAUCCAAAUUGUAUACUGUAAAUUUACAUACGUUGUUUAGAAGUACCAUAGGCUUUAAGAAUAUGGGCUGGCAUUGGUCACAUCAGACCUGCGAAGGCAGAAGCUGGUUGGUUGAAUUGGGGGCACUUAACAGAGAUGAGAGCAAAAUAAUCUUGACACCCAUUUUUCUUCUUUCCGGGUGGUAGCUGUCAUGUGGGGGGACUGGGGAAGGUGGGCUCUUGGAGAAACACACACACCUCUCUGUAGCAUCACUUAACGUGUGUUCUCUAAGGGUACUAAAGGCUGCAAUUUAGAAUCUUACAUAAUUAAUGGAACUAAUUAAAAUUGGGUUCUUUUUGUCUAUGUAUUUGCCAAAUCAGUAGGUUUUAAAAAAAAAAUUGGCUUCCUAUCACAAUUUAAAAAUGGUUAGACUUCAUGCUGCAAAAUAGGAAAAGACCUUGGUAUGAUGUGACGUAUCUUGUUUUUAAAACCUGGUCAUUGGAGUUCUAUUGCAUUUUAACGCUGCACUUAACACUUUCCAUGCAAAAGAGGUUUUAGGGAAGCCGUCAGUGUUUGCUUGAAUUCAGCCCUUAACCUGAGCAACUAGACAACCUUCUGACUGAUGGCACAACUGCUGGGUUUGGCUGUGGCUUCUUUAUUGGAGUUAUGUCAUGCCAGUGAUGUCAAAGGUUGUGUCCCUGGCCCUCCAAGUGGUCAGUGCAAGUGAUCCCCAUUCUCUCUGGUUGAAAUUGGAACUUGAUGCCAGGGAAUGGAGACACCUUUGCUGCAGCAGCAGCAGCAGCAGGCCCUGUGGGCAGUUGGAGCACACAGGAUCCAGGUCCCUCUAAAGAAAGCCCAGCAGGAAAGAUGAAGAAGAGCAUGGCCUGUGCAAGCAGAGUUCUCUGCACAUCAUUUCCCAAAAAUCUGCAGAAUGGUCAUUUCAGAGUGGAAAUACUUUUUUCAGUUGGAAGAGCCCUCAAGACCAGAAAAUGCACAAACAUAUUAAUGGGCAUUUUGGGCCAAAUUUCAUUGCAGGUGAUGAAGAAUUUCUGGUCCUUAACCAGGUCUCUUAGAAUCCCUUUGAGGUAUGCAGCCAGACAUUUUAACAUGGGGGGGGGGGGUAUUUUUGUUUUAUUUGCUCUGUUCAAUUGAGGGACUUUUAAAAAUUGUCCCUUUUUAAAUAGAAGUGUGUAAUAGCAAAGUAACACUUGAAUUUGAGUGGGUUUGGAUGCACAUCAAGAGAAAUGGCAAUUCACCCCCAAAGCUUUGUGAUUUGGCAUCUUGUUGGAGGGUUUAAACUGAGAGAGGGGAGCAUGGAUGUGUGUGCAGAGGGUAGCAGAAAGCCAUGCUUCUUGGUCAGCCAUGUUCCAAUGGAGUCUUACACAUUUGAGGUCUUGCUCUUGUUUUUAAACAGUUUGACUAGAAAUGGCUAAUCUGCCUUCUCCCCUUUCCUCUCAAAAAUUUGUGGAUCUGUAGUGGGUACAGGGUUAACAGUUUCUGUUAAUUGUAGUCAAGACAUAGCAAUUCUAGUUAUUUUUAAGGGUUCAGGUAAACCAUGUAUAUUUCCAAAACUAGAGGGAGUAAAGGUUCUGUGUUUAGCAGAGGAGUUUUCUGCUGUGUUUCUACCUUCACACUUUUCUUUUUUCUUUUUAAGUUCAGAAUGUCUUUUGUUGCCUCUUUCCUGGUUUGGCAGGGAGCACUCUCUUCAUUGGCCAACCUACAAAUGACACAGUUGUUUAGCCUCCUACAACACACAGCAGAUAUUUAGGGACGGUUCUGAACUGGAUCAGCAGUUGCUGCCCUAGUUCUUAAAAUGAAAGGGGAAAGCUGAAUGGGUCAGAGGUCAGCUGUGGAGCCAUUUCCUAAAGGCUCCCAUUCCCCUCUGUGUGUCUGUAUUUCCCCCCAAAGGCUUUUUUGGCUGUCCAGUCCUGUGCCUUUUCUGUAUCGAGUCCAAAUGCUUACUUGGUUUAAUUCAUAAAAGGAAUUGUUGUUGGAAGGCAUCCAAUGGUUCAUAGCUGGAAGUGCUUUUUUGCCAUUAAAAAAACAACAACAGAAAAAGCAUCAGAUUCCUCAACCACUCCCUUGAAAAGAGGCUGCAGACAGACCCACAGACAUUCCAGUACCACAUGAAUUGACACUUGCCCAGGAAAAGUCUUAGAUGCAUAGUUCAUUCUUUCACGCUUGUUUUUUUUUUAAAGUGCAGAGUUCUUUGUGGUUUGGAUACAAUCUGAAAACUGAUGUCUCAGCGCAUCUUGCACUUUACAAUUUUUUUUGUUGUUGAGCAAAAAAAAAAUUAUAUAUAUAAGCCGUCCUGCUUUUGUGUGUGGUGUGACCAAUGAUGUGCCCAGGGCACUAAUUUAAAAAAAAUAGUUGCUAGCAAGUUGUCAAAGAGCACUGUAGCAUUUUGAAAGCUUUGGCUAUUGCCUCACCAAGCCCCGCCCCCCAGCAUCUGUCAGCCUCUCGCUACUCCUCCUGUUGGCUCCUUCAGUUUCUGUGUUAAUUGAAUUGCCUCCUGCAUCAUCUCUCUCCUUCCCCACUGAUUCCUUCUCUUCCCUCCUUACCCAGUUUCUGUCUCCAAACUCAUGAAAGCUAUUUGAAAGGAAAAUGUUGGGUCUUGGUUUCAUGACUAGUAGUGGCUUGAUAAUCCUGAGACUGUUUUGGAAUUUGAAUUAAAGAAAAAAUAAAGUACUCUUAAUAAAUCUGUAUUCUCGAUCCAGUGGACUGUCUAAUGCCGAACUUGUCUUAGUAGCAAAAUGAUGUGUAUAAAAUGGGAAACUGGCUUGGGAGGAUUGGGAGGGGGGGGGUGUUGAAUCAAGAUGUCAACUGGCCUUUUUAUUCUCUUUCCACUGGUGUCCCUGUAAAGUAAUUGUUUUUUCUUGUCCUGAGCAUUAUUCCUUCCAGCUUUCCAAAAUUUGUUCUCAAGAGUUAGCGAGCUCUUCCACUUUCUUUAGAGGGAGACACCGACAUGAACACAAGCUGUCUUGCUUCUUUCUCCCCCAUAAGGAAGACAUAGAGAUUGCCAUUGGAGAAGUUUUCCCCCCACUCUUGUUCCCUCAGAUUAGGAGUUAACUGAAGAUAUUGACACAAAUUUAAAAAAAAUCAGUAAAGGAAUGUAUAUAAUACUGCUCUGUGUUUUACAGUAAGAUUCGUUGCUCUCGGACUGUGUAAAACAAAAUUUAUUCAUGUUUUCUGCAUAUUAAAACAAAUCUUAUUGUACCAAUUGGUAAAACUAUUAAAUGCAUAUAAAACUAA